ACUUGGGUUAACCAGUACUUUCUCAUUCCAGAUGAGGGGAGAAGUUAGAAGUAUGCUACACAAUGAGAAGUCAAAGCAGGCGGGACAAAUCUGGGGCUCCAUGAAGAGGACAGCUUUCAUCCUGGGCUCUGGCCUUCUCUUGUUUGUGGCCUUCUGGAACUCAGUCACAUGGCAUCUUCAGAGAUUUCGGAGAGCUCCUGGCUACUUUUGGCAAGCCCAGUGGGAGAGGCUGCUGUCUACGUUUGAAGGGAAGGAGUGGAUCCUCUUCAUUAUAGGUGCCUGCCAAGUACCUAGUCUGUUCUUCUGGAGCUUCAAUGUGCUCCUCCUGGUGGUCAACACAACUGGAAAACCUAACUUCAUCUCCUGCUACCGAAUUCACGUUGGCAAGAAUGAACCUGUGGAUCCUGUGAAACUACACCAAUCUAUCCGCACAGUUCUUUUCAACAAGUACGUGAUCUCUUUCCUCAUGGUGGUCUUUCUCUAUCCUUCCCUCAAGUGGUGGAGAGAUCCCUGUCGCCGAGAGCUACCUACCUUCCACUGGUUCCUUCUGGAGCUGGCAGUGUUCACCCUGAUUGAGGAAGUCCUGGUCUACUAUUUACACUGGCUCCUUCACCACCCAUCAUUCUACAAGAAAAUCCACAAGAAACACCAUGAAUGGACAGCUCCCAUUGGUGUAAUCUCUAUCUACGCCCGCCCUAUAUGUGCUUUUCCAGAUCUGAGUCAAGAAUGUCUUCCUCUGGCCUCCAAUAUGCUGCCAGUGAUUGUGGGUCCCUUAGUAAUGGGCUCCCACUUGUCCUCCAUCACCAUGUGGUUUUCCUUGGUCUUCAUCAUUUCCACCAUUUCCCACUGUGGCUAUCACCUACCCUUCCUACCUUCACCUGAAUUCCACGACUAGCACCAUCUCAAGUUCGACCAGUGCUACGGGGUGCUGGGGGUGCUGGACCACCUCCAUGGGACUGACACUAUGUUUAAGGAGACCAAGGCCUACGAGAGACACAUAUUCCUGCUGGGCUUCACCCCGCUCAGCAUCCCUGACUCCCCAAAGAAGAUGGAGUGAGAGGGCCCUAGUGCCAGCCUGGCUGUCCCUUUAGCAGUGGGAUGCCAAAGUGGUCUGGGCCCUCAUGAUUGCACCUAAAGACUUGCCUCCUUCAGCCACACACUCUAAUGAUGGCACCACUAGGAUAGAGGGAAAGUCAACUUCACGGAAAAGCAGGGCCAAGCAUGGGGCCCGGGCUUCCCCAAAACUGUUGCCCUUUAUGUCUCUUAAUGGGAGCAGCAGUGUGCUUAAGGAAAAGGAAAAAAACAACUCCCAGACUGAAGGCCAGCCAGAAGGAGGGAACCACUUUGAGAGGGCUCUUGGCAAGUCCCCCUGGUCCUCUACUGUGGAAGGGAAGAGGGGUUCCACCCAGAUGACUCCUUCGUAGCCCCAGCAAGAUGCAGAGAAUGACUAGGUAGCAGCAGGACUGGAAGCUGUGUGGCUCCAAGGAGAGCUCCUCUGGUUGCAGGGGGUGGGAAACCAGAUAUUGCUUUGCCCUUUCCUGUCCCAAAUGGCUUUUGUCAUACCCUACUCAGGCCAGGGCCAGGACACCCUGGCAGAUGGUUACAGGUAUCAGUUCUUAACAUGCCAGACACUAGUGCCCAUUCACCCCCGCAACACACAGUCAGUGAAAAGGCCUCAUUUCAACUCUGCCUCACCACAACCACCUUCCCUCUCUGAUAAGAAAAAUAUCAGUCACAGGAGCUCCUCCCUGGACUAAAACUGAGAUACCAAAGAGGUACAGCUCAAAUCCCAACAUUUUUAGCAUUAUGUGGAAACCAAAGGCCAAACCCCAAGGAACUGCUACACUGGGGACCCUUUUACCCACAAAGGGAAGGGCCAGAAUGCUGUUCUUUGGGGGCACCUAACCAAGGCCCCAAUUAUCCUAUCUGAAUCAGGAACCCUCCUAUUCCCCCAACAAAAAGCACAGAAAAGACAUGGCCAAGCAAAGGGCAAAAUCCUUUUUUCCCCAACUUGUUAACCAGUUUUUCUUAACACCACUUGUUCAGAAUGAUUUUAGCAGAGAUACCUUUUUCAAACGUAUAACCAGGAACCUUAUUAGCUAAAACAAAAACACAGGUGCUUGGGUUGAAGCAGUCCCCACCUGGCCUCCCCUCAGCAGCCAGACAGGGCGAGGAGCCUUGUGGCUCCCAAGAACAAUUUGAAGACCACUCACUGUUUUAAAGCCCAACAUAUUAUCAUUUACUAGACUCUUACAAAUACUUGAACCUAUUUCUUUCAGUUCUGUCAAAAAAAACACCACUGUGGUUUUACAAAAUACUUUUAAUAUCUGGUAGGGCCAAGUCUCCAGGCAGGACUAUCAAAAAAGCCUUCUUCAUAAAUGGGCUAUAGGACCCUGGAGGACUUGCCCAGUAGGCCAACCAAUCACUUAACCAGGCAGCAUCUUCCCUGGCCUUCCAAAGCCCUGCCUGCCCGCCCACCUGGCUCCAUCCCUAGGAGGGCCUGUGUCCUUAGCUUGAAGUACAGCUUUUGAUGCACGAUAGCUCUAAGUUCCCACAGCUGCAGGUCUGCACUCAUUACCUGUUUCCACAAAUCAACAUUUGAAAAAAGUCAAUCUUCAGUAUGCUUAAGGGGAACGGUAGGGGAUGAGAAUACAGUAGAUAAAGAGGAAGGUAAAAGAACAGUUGUGUCCUUUCCCAUGUAAAGUCUUUAUAUUUUGAGGUACUGCAAGGGGCCUAGAGGGGCACAGACUGUCAUUCUCUUGUGCCUUUUGGCAGGCAGGUUGGUUGGUCCUUAGCAGAAGGGCCCAGCCCUGUCUAUUCUUUAGUGCAUCAAACAGAAUAGCCCUGAGGUUGGUAAACAAUGCUGGUAAAAGGAAAAAAAAAAAAAAAGCCUUAAAUUCCCAGCAGAAAAUGUGAAUGUGAAAAGAGAAAGCAUAUAAAAUAAACUGGUCUCUAUUUAA